AUGACUAUCAAAGCCUACUUCGACGUGACCUGGACUGGUCCGGAGCUGCAGACCGAUGCCAAUGGCAAGGUCACCUCUGCCGACAAGAGCGACAAGCCCCGCUCUGGCCGCAUCAACUUCGAGCUCUUCGAUGAUGUUGUCCCCAAGACCGCCGAGAACUUCCGUGCCUUGUGCACUGGCGAGAAGGGCUUCGGCUACUCUGGCAGCAAGUUCCACCGUGUCAUCCCCGAGUUCAUGCUCCAGGGUGGUGACUUCACCCGUGGCAACGGCACGGGCGGCAAGUCCAUCUACGGCGAAAAGUUCCCCGACGAGAACUUCAAGCUCAAGCACGAGAGGCCCUUCCUCCUCAGCAUGGCCAACGCCGGCCCCAACACCAACGGCUCGCAGUUCUUCAUCACCACCGUCGUGACCUCGUGGUUGGACGGGCGCCACGUCGUCUUCGGCCAGGUGCCCAAGGGCGACACCGCGUCGAUGGGCGUUGUCAAGAGCAUCGAGGCGUGCGGAUCUAGCAGUGGCGCGAUCAAGAACAAGGACGGCUCCCCCACCAUCGUCAAGAGCGGUACGGAGUAG